UAUUUUUCUCCAUUUUCGCUAUAAAGCCAUUCAGGGAUCUUUUACUCCUAUCCUGUUUCUCUCAUUCCUCUCUCUGCCAUUAUUUUCCACCAUGACAAAUCAAACAACUUAUCAUUGUGGAUUACAGCCAUGUGAUGGUGUUUGUACGUGCAUUGCGCUUAUUCGCGCGGAAAUUUUUAAUUGAUCCGACUGGUGCCAGCCAGCCUGGAUGCAGAUGUGGGAGAUAUGGUUAGAUUAAAUUGCUAUUAAUCCAUGUGCUGCUUAUCCCAAAUUAUUAAUAAGCACAACACUGCAUCACGCAUAUCAUGUAGCACAUGCAGCCGAUGAUUAUCGUCCUUCUUCGGUGGUUUCGGCUUUUCUGUGAUAAGCUGAUUUGAUUCAUUGCGACAUUCUGCUAAUUAACUUUGCAUUUUUCCCUUUGCCAAAGAAGAGGGAGCGUGCAGGCUGCAGAGCAGAUCAAAGAUGGCCAGCAUCGGGGGAUUCCGUGAUGGUUCCCAUGUUUUACCAUAAUCUCCGGAUGAAUAAGGUUUUUUUGUCGCACAGUGAUGACAAUAACACUGUAAAACUUUAUGGAUCCGUCCGCAUUCACAUCAUCCGAUAAUGUUGGAGUGCUUCCAUACAACUAUGUUUUCGUAUUUAUCUGCGCCAUUCUGCGGUCCUUUUUUGGAGUCACUUAUUGUUGCGUGGAUUCGUUUGAGUGUUAAUUAAUUAAUUAACUAUCAUCGAUUGAGACGGGGAGGAAUUGGUUCUAAUUGAGUAUGUGGAGCAGUAUGGAAAUGAUGGAUAUAAUGCCAACAAUUAACGAGGACGGUGUGAGCAGCAGAAGCUCCUUCAGUGGGGCGGCUGGCGAUGGCGACGAAGGUGGUCACGGCGAAGAUCCACAGUUUGAGCAGCUCAUGGUCACUAUGCUGGAUGAGCGCGAUAAGUAUAUGGAGGCCCUGCGCGAUACGCAGGAGCAACUGAACGAAGCCAAGGCGCGCAUCAGCGAACUUGAAAAAGAGGUGCAGUCACUCCAACACCAGCUGGACAUCUCCCUUCCUCAGGAUGUGGCUGUCCUCGUAAAGCAACUUAAUCAUCUCCGGCUGAAUUUGGAAGAGCGUGAUGAAGAGAUCCAGGAAUUGAAGGCCGAACGCAACAAUACCAAGCUGCUGUUGGAACAUCUGGAAUGUUUAGUCUCCCGCUAUGAUCGCACCAUCCGGUCUACAGUGGUGCGACGCCAGGCGGGUGGAGGUUCCAAUAGUCAAGCGUCCAAUGAGCAGGAAGUGCUGCAAGCGUUGAAAUCCCUCUUUGAGCACCAUAAAGCCUUGGAUGAGAAGGUCAGAAAGAAGCUGAGGGUGGCACAAGAACGCAAUGAGAUGCUGGAAGAAGAGUUGAUAGUGCGGGAUAAAGAGAUUUUUACGUUAAAAAGUGCUCUGGACCAACCGAAACCGCAUUUGGAGGUUGCUGGGAAUGGCCCCACUCUCGCCGAAGCGUCGACUUCGAAACCGGAUGGUCUGCCCCCUUCUCCCUCCAUGGCUACGUUUCUGGAAGCCCAGUCACAGUCAGCAAGAAAAAUUGCCGAGCUGGAAAGCUACAUAGCGCAGCAGAAAGAAGAGCUAGCCAAAUUUAAAGAUAACAGUGUUAAAUUAAGCCGUGAAUAUGCCGAGGUUGCUGCCGCCAAACAAGACCUAGAAAUCCGAAUAGGCGGACUGGAGAAACGCCAUCGGUCGACGCAGCAGGAGUCUGCAUCCUUACAAGAGCUCACCACUAAAUUAGAGAGUGACGUUGUCUCUAAGGAAGCUUCCAUACGCGUGCUCAACGACAGACUACACAGUCUGCAGCAAAUGUAUGAAUUAGCGGAAAAAGCGCUGACAGCACACGGGGAUAGCGAUGUAGAUGGCGAGGAGAAACAGAUGGGCGCUUCGGCUGAGGAGAACAUGCGAAGACUGGAAUCGCAACUGGAAGAAAAGAGAGCCGAUGUAUUACGGGGUCGACAAAGAGAGAAGAUAAAUGAGGAACAUAAUGCCAAAUUAACGGAAACAGUGGAGAAAUUGGUUGCCGAACAGAAAGAUCGACUGCAGUCUCAUCUGAAAGAGCGAAUGGAGGCACUGGAGGAGAAAAAUGCUCUGGUGCUUGAACUGGAGCGAACAAAGACGGAGCUGGAAGAAUCUGUGGUUGCAAAGCAACGUAUGGACGAUCAAAUGCGACAGAUGCAAGCGACCAUUACUAAUUUAUCCUCGAGGAGCAAUCCUCCGAACAACAUGAAUGGAUAUACUGAUGGGAUGGGUUAUUCCGUUCAAAAUGGUAUGGGAUCGCUCAGGAGAAAUGCACCGGGUCGACAAAGAAUUAUUGAUGGAGAACACUCAAAGAUUCAAGUGCUGACGACCGGCGAGGCCGAAUGGGAAAAAGUCCAGCAAGCCCAUGUUUUAGCCAAUGUUCAGCAUGCAUUUGAUUGCGUUGAUGCCCAUAUGGACGAUUUUGAUGAGCGACAUUUAUUCGCCAGUGGCGAUAUGUUAUCGCCGUCCGGUCAAACUGAUGCGCAGAGUUUAGCAAUGAUGCUGCAGCAGCAGCUGGAUGCUAUAAAUCACGAAAUCCGGAUGAUCCAGGAAGAAAAACAGAAUGCCGAGUUGCGAACGGAAGAACUCGAAAGCCAAGUGGGCAGUAUCGAUUUUCAUUAUAUUGGACGUAAAUCACCCGAGCGGCUUCCGCGUGGCGAAAUGGAGACAACCGGUGUUUACGGCUCGAAUGGUAACGGAGGGGCGGGACAUGAGAAACUCAAUCCCGUCAUGAUGCUAGCGGAGAUCGAGAAGGACUGGAAGGAAACUGAUGAUGUUCAUACCAUUGUCCAUGAGGGAAGUCCGCCGUCCAAUCCUGUUAAUGUGCCACAAUCCAACACGUUCCCGCGAAGCGUAAAUGGAGUCGCCGGUGGACCGGCGAUGUACGAUCGUUCUGGACACACACACGGUUUAGGAUUUGUUGAUGGUGGAGUCACGUACGCGAAUCAUUUGAACCGCAGCGGGAAUAUGGAGAGUUCUCAUGAUACGCCCAGUCCGGUGAGCAGCGGGCAUUCCAGCCAGGAUUCCCUGCACCGACAAGUGCAACCGGGCUUUCCCGUGCAAAAGAAACGCAGCAUCCGCAAUUCAUUUGGGAAAUUAUUCAAUAAGAAAGAGAAGAAAGUCUUGCAACAGACAGCCAAUCAGCAGGCUGCUGCUGGUGGAUCACGGAGCCUGGUGCACAUUGCGCACAAUGAUGUGGAUCUCUUUUCGCCGGAACGAGACGCCGAGCCGAAUGGGCCUUUGGAGCGGCUGCCGGGAGCGAGUCCAGGCGGACCGGUGGAUUUUGAUCGCAGGAAAAGAAAGAAGGUGGAUAUACUGACUGCAGCCCUCAAUAAAGGCGACCCAUUCGUCAUGUGGGAUGGAGCGACCAUUGUCGCAUGGUUGGAGGUUUGGGUGGGGAUGCCGGAUUGGUACGUGUCAGUCUGCAAGUCAAAUGUGAAGAGUGGCGCGAUCAUGGCCUCUCUAAGUGAUACGGAGAUGCAGCGGGAGAUCGGCAUUGCUAAUCCGUUACACCGAUUGAAACUACGUCUCGCUAUUCAGGAAAUGGUCGAUAUCACGAGUCCAUCUGCCACGAAGACUACGAGGGCCGCGUUCGCUGGAAUGAACCACGAAUGGGUGGGAAACUACUGGUUACCGUCGCUGGGCUUGCCGCAGUACCGGUCGACCUUCAUGGAAUGUUUGGUUGAUGCACGGAUGCUUGAUCAUCUCACUAAGAAAGAUCUCCGCGGCCAAUUAAAAAUGGUCGAUGGAUUCCAUCGAACAAGUUUCCAAUACGGAAUCGCUUGUCUGGAUCGGUUAGGCUUCAAUCGUCGAGAACUAGAAGAGCGCCGUAAACGUUGCGAAACUGAACCAAAGGACGUGAUUGUGUGGUCGAAUGACCGCGUUAUACAGUGGAUCGUGGCCAUUGGCUUGAAGGAAUUUGCCGAAAAUCUCCAAGAGUCCGGAAUUCACGGCGCCGUCAUAGCGCUGGAUGAGGCUUUUGAUCAUAACAGUUUGGCCUUAGCGCUGCAAAUACCUACGCAAAAUCGUUUCGCACGAGAACUUCUGGAGCGCGAACUGCGGGAUUUGAUCAACACCGCUACCGAUCGCAGGCAUUCUGUGGGAGUGCCGGGUCAGUCUAGCGCCAACGCUCGUCUGCACCACACGUUGUAGUUGUGUUUGAUCAGCGGAAAUGGGCGCUUCUCAAGGGCGGUGAAUUUGUGCGAUGUGCGUUCGGUGAUCCCUGAUAUACCUCUUCCGUUGUGGAAAUGACUGCUAUACCAUGACGGUCCAGUGGGCACAGAGCGACGGCUCUGUGUCGUGCCCCCGCGGACAAUGGUUGUUGUCUGUGAUUUGUGCGGAGUUGGGAAUGGAUGGUUUUUAUUCCGCUUUUUAGUCUCUUCGUCGUGGCAGCUGUUCGUGUUUCAAUGGACCAAAGACGCUUUUCGAGUCUCUUUCCCCUGGGUGCAGCUCGCUCGCUGCGGGGACGCUUUUUUGCUUCCUUUUUGUCGUUUUGUUGCUUUUUAAAAUUAAUGACAGUCAUCGUUUCCAGUUUUUGCAAUUGGUGUCCAAAGGUAAUCCCAGUGUGUAUUGGAUAGCUCAUUGAAGUGAUUGUUAUUCAAUCUUGGUUUUCACUGCUGAUUUUCUCGUUUUAAAUUGUAGAAUUAUCUGCUAUGAUGCUUGGGUUAUUUGAAACGGCUGAUUUGUAAUUCAAAAAAACUCAUUUGGAAUUGAA